AGAGGCGUGGGGAAGAGGAGCAGCAGCAGGAGGAGGAGUAGCAGCAGCAGCGGCAUCAGGAGGAGCAGCAGCAGCAGCAGGAGGAGGAGCAGCAGGAGGAGUAAGAAGGCGGUCAUGGCGCUCAACCUCAACAAGAACCGCACGGCUCUGCUCGCGGCCUACGAGGAUGUGUGCAGCGAGAAGUCGUCCACCAGCUGGGCUCUCUUCAGUUAUGAAGGGAAUACAAAUGACCUCAAGCUGGUUAUGUGCGGAGCAAACGGUCUGGAGGAGAUGGUGGAGGAGCUCAAUAGCGGCAAGGUGAUGUAUGCCUUCUGCAAGGUUAAAGACUCAAAGGCUGGCCUCUGCAAAUACGUCCUCAUCAAUUGGAUCGGAGAGGGAGUCAGCGAUGGGAGGAAGGGCACUUGUGCCAACCACGUGAACUCCGUGGCCAACUUUUUCAAGGGGGCUCACGUGACGAUAAAUGCUCGUGCGGAGGAGGACGUGGAGCCCGAGGUGAUCAUGGAGAAGGUGGGCAAAGCGGCCGGCGUGACCUUCGGCCUCCAGCAGGAGAACUCCUGCUUUGUGGACAACGCGCCUCGGAAGCCCGUGGGCUCUGUUUAUCAGAAGACCAAUGCGGCUGUGGAGAUCAAACGGGUGAAAAACGAUGGCUUCUGGGCGAGGGCAGAGCGCGAGGAGAAGCUGCGCAAGGAGGAGGAGCGCCUGCGGGCGGCAGAGCAGCGCAAGCGCGAGGAGGAGGAGCGGCAGGAGCGCGAGCGUCAGGAGGCGGGCGAGCGGGAGCGGCGCUUCCUGGAGAAGGCGCGCGAGAUCGACGAGCUCAAAAAAUAUCAAGAAAAGGCCGAUUCAGAGGACAGAAGUAAAGAAAAACAGAAAUGGGAGCAAGAAGAGAACGAUUAUCAGCAGCGGAUGCGCCGCGGCUACAAGAAGAGCGAAUCGGUGGAGAAAGCAGCCGAAGCAGCCACGGUCAUCCAGCAGAGGUCGCUGAACCCGCGCGAGAUCUUCAAGCAGAAGGAGCGUGCGAUGUCGUACGACCACACCACGCCGACCCCCUACUCCCCCGGGAAACUGAAGAGCCCGUUCCUGCGGAAGGAGGGCAGCCUGCCAGCCUGGGAGUGCAGCGCGCCACGCGGCUCGGGCAAAGUCUCUCCUACAGUGUUCGAGAUUCCUGAGUUCGAGGCAUCGACGGACGUGGACUCGCACCGACCGGCCGACAAACGGCAGGCGGCGUCGCCGGAGCGUUCGGCCCGGCAGACUUCCCCUCCCCGGGCGGCUGCUGCUGCUGCUGUUGCUGCGUCUCCGCCGUGGCAGAGUCGCUCCGAGAGCCAGGCCCCGGCGGCAGAGAAGAGGGCGGCUUCCCCGCCACCGUCGAUAUCGGCGUCGCCUCCGCCGCCGUCGCCACCGCAGCCGAAGAAGCAGCUGCCGCAGCAGCAGCAACAGCCGCAGCAGCAGCAACAGCAGCAGCAACAGCCGCAGCAGCAGCAGCCACUGAAGCAGAAGGCAUCGCCGACACGCGCUCCGCAGGUCAACGACGAGCAGGUGUUCCCAUCGCAGGCCACACCAGCAGCUGCCGGCCCUCCAGCAUCGCCGCAGACGUCGCCACUGUCGCCGGCGGGCCGCACGGGCACAGCGGCCGUGCUGCAGAAGGCCCAGGCCCUGUGGAGGCCCGAGGAGGAAGAGCAGGAGCGGCCUGACGACAACGACUGGGAUGACGAGCACCAGCCGGCGGCGGACGCGUACUACCCGCACCAGGCCGGCAACAACAACGGCACGGAACGGCCCACGCACGUCGAGCAGCCCGGCCAGGAAACGGCACAGACGGACCCGUCCGGCUACUACUACUCGCAGUACCAGGACCAGCAGGCCUACCAGCAAGAUGGCUACCAGCAGGAGUCUGCCGACGGCUAUCCGACGGAGCAGUACGACCUGGAGGGCAAAGGACAGUGCGCCCGUGCCCUCUACGACUACCAGGCCGCGGACGAGACGGAGAUCACCUUCGACCCCGACGACCUCAUCACGCACAUCGACCAGAUCGACGAGGGCUGGUGGCGCGGCUACGGGCCUGACGGACGCUACGGCCUCUUCCCGGCGAACUACGUCCACCUCCUCAACUGAGCCGCCCCAUCCCACCCCCCCCCCCCCCCAGCGCGGCGGCCACACGCUAAGUUAAACAAUUAAGUCGGGUUUUGUCGGCGUACGAGAAACCUAGAAUAGUAAACGGGCGGCGACGACGCCGACGACGCCACGAUCAAACUGUCACUCCGCUCCGAUGCUCUCGGCAUGCAAGCAUGGUCUGAGCCCCCCGGGGUAAGCCGAGUUCGUCGCAAGCAAUUCAAGCCGGUGUUAGGUCGUUCCGACGCGUCACAUUCCACGGCGGUUAAGUAGAGAAUUGCGUUAUUUUUAUGCUGUCGGCUGCCGCUUGCUCGUUUUGGGGUCUAGUGUCGGCGCGCACCGCUACGGCGAGCGUUUUCUUAAUUGUUGAGCCUGGCAUUACUUUCUGGCUUGUGUGUUGGUAUAUUUUUUUUUUCUACUUUACUUUCAUAUAUAAAUGUGUUACGCCCACAGCCGUUUUAAGUGUUUUCACGUAAGUGGCCCUGAGUGUUGAUGAUGUCUUUGUAUGAAUUCCAUGGCCAAAUAAUUAAACAACACUAUGCAUUUAAAUGUUUUUUUUUGUUUGGUUUUGGUGAGAAGGUUUUGGGGGGAUCGGGGCGGUUGGCGGGGGGGGGCUCAGAGGCUAAUGCCCAUUGCACACGUGCGCUGCGUUGUCACUAUCGGGUUCGCCAGGUUACCAAGUGCAGCGAGUUGCUCGCCACAGCCCAUUCACCAACGACGGUGACUUAGUCUAAGUGUCUCCCUGCUCAAACAAGCAUUGGGCCAGUGCUAAUCGAUCAAAGCCGGUGGUCGAGAUUGCACGUUUUAUAUGGCAGAGGGCCAUUUUUUUUCUCCGUGGGAUGAACACUUCUCACCACGUAGUGGUCCUCACUUCAUUGUCCACAGAUGAGUGGUGGACUGAGUCGAUUCCCACGAAUCGGAAAUUAAACUCGCAAGCUGCCAACGAGAACCUUCCGUAGCCUCUCACCUGCGGGGUUCAUCGGGCUAACCGUCAAGCCGCGUAGAUAUCACUACCGUAGAAGCUCUUCCACUACAUUUGGCCUCGAUCAUCUAUGGGGGGGGGCGUGGGGGGGGCUACCAUUUGGGAACAUACGUUGUUGGGUGUCACUGGCACAGGACUAACAAGGCUGUGCCGUACUAUACAUUGCUCACUACAAUACGCCUUGGGUUUAUUUAAAAAUGCCAGACUGAUCGUGGAUUUUGUAGCCAAUGGUACCGAAGGACUAUUCAGCUGCGUAGUGUGUAGCUUGGUGGUGGUGUAAAUGACAAUGUGACUGGGGUGUGGUAUAACACCCCAGGCACAUUGUGUAAGUCUCGCUGCCCGUGCCGUGACAUAUGCCUUCGCUCACCAUUACAAUAACGGUGCUGGACUGAUGGUCUCUGAACCUACAUCACCAGAAAAAAAGUUGUCCUCAGAUUGAAUUAGUUUUGUUUGUUUGUUGGUUACUGUAGUUCACAGCGGUGGUCUUGUUGUAUAAAAGAUGUUAUUCUCACUGGAAAAAGACGUUGGAUCACUUUCCUGGCCUUUAUGCUAGGACACGUUCGUUUUCCACGUGCUACAGCAUCCACUCACUGCAGGUGGCGUUUGACCAGGUUCAGUAGUUCACGCCCCCUCCACGCAUUGUCGAUAUAUACGUAUAGCGAUAGCAUGCACGAUGUACAACACCUUAAGUUGACUUCCUUAUCAGAUUCUAAGAUGUAUCAAUUUGCAUUUGUUAGGGUUAAUGUUACCACCCGGAAUGUAUUACUCAAACUUAAUCAUCCUAAACAUUGCGAGUGUGUCAUUUUAAAUGGUAUGUUUUUUGCAAAUGAAGCAAUGGCUUUUGUACAAUG